AGAGAGAGAGAGAGAGAGAGAGAGAGAGGAGUGAAUUGUGUCAAGUUGCCGAAUGCUGUCAUUUGGCGGUGCUUCGUUAUAUCCCGUUCUAUAUCGAUAGUGAUUUGUAAAAGCGAAACACUCUCGCACGCGAAUAUUUUAAUUGAAAAUAGGAAAUGGCGGAUACAACCGUAGACGCUACACGACGCUUAAACGUUAAAAAACAGACGCUGGACGAUGCUUACGCGGCGCCUGCGAAUUUCCUUGAAAUCGACGUGAUUAAUCCAAUAACACACGGAGUCGGCAAGAAGCGAUAUACCGAUUAUGAAGUUCGUAUGAGGACAAACUUGCCAGUCUUUAAAGUGAAAGAUUCAACCGUAAGAAGAAGAUACAGUGAUUUCGAAUGGCUGAGAAAUGAAUUAGAAAGAGAUAGUAAGAUUGUAGUUCCACCAUUACCAGGAAAAGCAUGGAAACGUCAAAUGCCUUUUCGUGGUGACGAUGGCAUAUUUGAAGAAGAUUUUAUUGAAGAUCGAAGAAAAGGCUUGGAAGUUUUUGUUAAUAAAAUAGCUGGACAUCCUUUGGCACAGAAUGAACGAUGUUUACAUAUGUUUCUACAAGAACCCGUAAUAGACAAGAACUAUGUACCUGGGAAAAUACGUAAUACAUAAGUCAAAAUAAGAAAUUAUCACAAAUAUCUUUUCCAUCAAGCCUUCUACAUUCAAAGUUUUCAUUAUAUUGACAUCUUAUUUGAAAGUCAUUAACAUUCUUCUAUACUUUUGCUAAAGCUAAUCAAGUUUCCAGUACUGUGCGAUAUCAAAUCUGGUCGCUUAUGUGAAAACAUCCACUAUAUCUAUAAUUUACACUCUUUGAAUAUUGCUAUUCUCUUACACGAAAAGUAUAGUUAAGCAUCUCUUUAUAAGGAAAUAAAUAAAUAGUAAAUUGGCAAAAUCAUUCUUGUUACUAUAGGUUGAUUCUGUCUAUUGUUAUAAUAAUACUGUUUAUAACAAAGGAGAUAACUAAAA